AUGGGCGAAUAUAUUCCUCUUCAGGAGGAGCGGGAUCUCUAUAUUCUAGUAACAGGCGCAAACAGCGGCCUCGGCUUUUCGAUAUGCUGUCGCCUCGCAGACGAAUUCCUUUCUUCGCAUCCAGAUGAUGAGUCCCUUACGAUCAUCUUCACGACUCGCAGCGCCCGCAAAGCCCAAGACACCCGCCGCCAGCUAGAGCAGCACCUUCAAUCCUCCAACCCCUCCCUCUCGGACUCUGCGCGCGUGAAAUUCGUCUCUGAGAGUGUCGACCUGGGAGACCUCCUCUCUGUCCGCUCGCUCACCCGCAGACUUCUACAAAGCUUCCCGAAACUCGAUGCGAUUAUUUUAAAUGCUGGAAUCGGUGGUUGGUCUGGCCUUGACUGGCCAGCUGCUAUCUGGGGCGUCUGCACCGAUCUCAUCCACCAAACAACCUGGCCCAAGUACAAGCUCGCAGCGGUGGGCAAACUGACAAACAGGCAAACAAGGGAAGAGGAGGAGCCACAGCUGGGUAAUACCUUCUGCUCCAACGUUUUUGGUCAUUACAUGCUGGCACAUAACGUCGUGCCAUUGCUGAGGCGAGCCAACUCGCCCAACGGGACGGGUCGAGUUGUUUGGGUCUCGAGCAUUGAAGCGACGAUCAAGUAUUUUGACGCCAAUGACAUGCAAGGUCUCCGGACGUUGGCCCCUUACGAGUCCUCCAAGGCUCUGACCGAUAUCCUGGCUUUGACUUCCGAUCUCCCUGGUACUGCCCCCUGGGCAGUGGAUAGCUUCAUGCGUUCAGAUACCGAGCCAAAGGGAACCAAUUCCAAAGCUUCUUUGAGCACUCCGACGAUUCACGUCUCUCACCCCGGAAUCUGUGCCACAUCCAUUGUUCCCCUCAUCCUACCUCUUGCCUGGGCGAUGGUAGCUGCAUUCUUCGGUGCGCGCCUCUUGGGUUCCCCCUGGCACACUCUGGACACGUACCUCGGCGCCUGUUCUCCUGUUUUUCUUGCCUUGUCACGGCAGUCCGAGCUGGAGGAUGCCGAGUCGCCUUAUCGCCAAGGUGGGGGAGGAAGAGUAAAAUGGGGCUCAUCGGCCUCUCGCUGGGGCAAGGAAGGUGUCGCUUCAACUGAGACGGACGGUUGGGGGAAUGGCGGGGUGGUGGGCGCUGCUGUGGUUGAUGCUGAUCGGACUCGGCGUCGAAAGCGCGGCAUGGUUGAUUUGACUCGGGAACAGAAGGAAAGCUUCGAGGAUCUUGGGCGCCAAUGCUGGAAACAAAUGGAAGAGCUUAGGAUCAAAUGGGACGGAAUCCUCGACAAGGCUGAGCAACGCGCGGCGGCUGAGAAGACACAAUAG